GCAUGUUAUUUCCGUUUCCGCUUCAGGCUUCACAACAUUUACAUCAUCGCCUAUUGCAAUAAGAUUUUCAGUCUUACUCGUUAUUUACGAGUGGAGGUCAGCCAUGCGUCGACCAAAAAUUCGCUUCAAGCCUAAUGUGACGAUUAAGAAAGAUGAAACUACGCAAAAUACUGAAGUGACUGUUGAAGAUGAGAAGAGUGUUGAAAGUAAAAUCAUCUCAGAAACCGAAGUAAGUGAAGAAAAUAAAGCUAUUGAGUCAGUAAAUACUGCCACUGAUUAUCCGUCUAAUAUUGCUGCUGAAGAGAUAGUAGAAAUUUCUGACUUGGGAGCAAAAGAAGCAUCCAAGUCCGACUCGAAAGUGACUGAUACACCCAAGCCACGUGCACAAAAAAGAAAACAAGCGGGUUCCCAUUCAUCUCAUGACAAAGUCAAAAAAGACAAAAAGAAAACAAACAAAAGUGAGAAGAAUCGACGCAAGUCUUAUGACGACGAAUUACCAAUCUUAACGAAGAAAGACUUGACUAAAUCUGUCCGCCCUAUGGUAUCGAAAAAAUUAACGAGAAAAACUGAAUAUUUGCAUACACCAGUGGAAUCUUCAAUGAAAAUUAGUGAUUUAAUUUAUUUAAACCCUACAACGAAUCCAAUGCCCAAAGAUGACAGUGAAGUUGUACAAGAAUUCGAUGAGAAGCCAGAUAAACCCGCUGUAGAGGAAGAUUUGACAGAGGAGAGCAGCUCCAGUGCGCCUCAAAUUAGAAUAGAUGAGAAAGGUGAAAUCGUCAUUGAUGAAGAGUCUUUAGUUGUUAGGGAAAAAAAGAAGUUUGAUUUCAAAUCAAUGCCUUUAACUGACGGCAAUAAAGAUGAAUUUGUCUCUAGUAGAAGUUUCAAGAAACAGAGUUUCUCAGGACCAUGGACAGUACGGGAUACAGCAACUUUUUAUUUGGGGCUCAAAACCCUUGGAACUGAUUUUACGUCUCUAACAAAACUAUUUCCAGGUAGGUCGAGAGAAGAACUCAAGAAAAAGUUUAAAAGGGAGGAACGGGUAAAUGGAAAUCUUGUUGAAACAGCUCUUAUGAAUAGGCACAGUUUCGAUAUGAGCAUAUUUGACGAAGAAAAAGGUCUAGCAACGCUAUCUAAUAAGGAUCUAAAAAGGAUCAAUCAGAAAUACAAUAAACAGAAGAACAUAUCGCGUUCAAAGACCAAGGAACCUGUUAGUGAAACUGUUAGUGAAACUGUUAAUGAAAUUUCAAGGACGAGCCAUACAUAA